GGGCACAAUAAAAUCAUAACUUACAGCAGACCUGUGUAUUUUUGUAUGUUGUGUGGCCUUAUUUUGCUGCUAGAUGCUGGAUCUAAAGACACAAAUCCUCCAGUUUAUACAGUGUAUGGCUUGAAGCUCUUUUCGCCUAGAUCUCUCCAGUCAGCCAGAGACCAUGUAAUAGUGUUUUUAUAUUGCUUUCCUGCAAUUUCUCUUCUUGGGCUUUUCCCUCAAAUCAACACCUUCUGUGUAUAUCUCUUGGAGCAAAUAGACAUGUUGCUUUUUGGAGGUUCUGCUGCUGCUGGGUUCGUAUCUGCACUAUACAGCAUUUCCCGAAGCUUUGUGGUUCUGAUUGUCCUGUAUGCUUUCUGCUUCAGUGCAGUGAAGGAACCCUGGGAUGCACAACACAUUCCAGCGCUCUUCUCUGCUUUCUGUGGCCUGCUAGUUGCACUUUCUUAUCAUCUCAGCAGACAAAGCAGUGACCCAUCUGUGCUGAUGUCCCUUAUUCAAUGCAAGUAUGUCCCUCACUAUCUACGUCAACAAUUUGCAGAUUCAUCAGCAGAUCCACUCCCAGAAAAGAUGAGAGAAUCAGUGAAAGAAAUCUUGAAAUCGGAUCUCAUUGUCUGCACAGCGGCUGCUGUUCUAUCAUUUGCUGUCAGUGCCAGUACUGUGUUUCUAUCACUAAGGCCAUUUCUCAGCAUUGUCUUGUUCGCUUUAGCAUGGACUGUGGGAUUUGUAACACAUUACGUACUUCCUCAGCUUCGCAAGCAUCACCCCUGGCUGUGGAUCUCCCACCCCAUACUUAAAAGCAGAGAGCACCAGCAACGGGAAGUGAGAGAUGCUCCUCAUUUGAUGUGGUUUGAAAGGCUCUAUGUGUGGCUUCAGUGCUUUGAGAAAUACAUUUUGUAUCCAGCUAUAAUACUGAAUGCCCUCACCAUUGAUGCUUUCUCAAUUAGUAAAUACAAGAAGCUUGGUGCACACUGUGAUAUUAUCCUGAUAACAGUUGCUGGGAUGAAACUCCUCCGCUCCUCAUUCUGUAAUCCUAUUAAUCAAUUUGUUACUUUGAGCUUUACUGUAAUCUUCUUCCGAUUUGACUACAGAGACAUUUCAGAAAAUUUCUUGCUGGAUUUCUUCAUGAUGUCCAUCGUGUUUCAUAAG